GAGCUUGCGCGGCUUUGUGACCGCCGACGAGCACAGCCCCGACGCUAAUCCUCCGCGCCAACCGCUGCCGCCGCGCGAAUCAGUCUGACGCGAAGCCGUCGGCGGCGAACACAUCACACCACACCACAACACACCACACAACAAAAACAUGCGCCUCGCACACCUCGGCAAGCUCUGGUGGCUGCCGUCCGUGCUCGCCGUCGCCUACGCCGUCUACAGCAUGCACGCCCAGGCGGACCCCUCGCAGACGCGCACGACGCGCGUCUUCACCGUGCGCGAGCUCGGCGCCUACGACGGCGCGGCGCGGCCCGAGAUCUACCUGUCGAUCAUGGGCCGCGUCUUCGACGUGUCGAGCGGCGCGGAGUACUACGCCGUCGGCGAGUCCUACGCCUGCUUCGCGGCGCGGGACGCGUCCCUCGCCUUCGUCACCGGCGGCUUCGACGACGACCGCACGGACGACGUGUCGUCGCUGACCGGCAAGCAGCUCGCGGAGCUCGCGAGCUGGGUCAACGGCACCUACCACGACAAGUACGUCUACCGCGGCGUCCUCGGCGGCGGCUACUUCUUCGACGCCACGGGCCGGUCGACGCCCGCGGGGCGCGACGUGGCGCGGAAGAUCGCGGACGAGGCGCGGCGCGCGGAGCUCCGCGAGGCCGACGCGCGCCGGUUCCCGCGCUGCUCGUCGCGGCGCAGCGCCGUCGAGGCCUACGUCGCCUGCAAGGGCGGCCGCGUGCCCCGGCGGCGGCGCCUCGCGGGCGACGACGACGAGCCCGAGCGCUGCGCGUGCGCCGCGCCGGACGCCGCGGACGCGGCCGGCGGGCUCCUCGACGUCUACGCCGGCUGCGCGCCCGACGCGGCGAAGUGCGACCUCCCGCCGCGGGAAGCGCCCGCGCGGGCGGCGGCGGCGGCGGCCCGGGCGCCCGUGUAAUAGUGUUUUGGCGUCGU